AUGAAUAUGAAGCACGUCGAGGAUCAGAUGGCACUCCUUUCUAGCUUCUACCCUGUCAUGAGUCCACCCUUUCCAGAAGGUGCCCCCAACUCACACACCAACUUAGCAGAGUCGACUGUAUCAGGGGAUAUGGACCCUUUCUGGCUCAUCAGCAGCGUCGAGUGUCCGGCGGACGAGCCCAAGCCCAGGCGCCGAAGGAACAAGAAGGCCAAGUCCGACGCCACGGCAGAGAUGAAGAAGCGCAGGCUCAGCGCAGAGCAAGUCUAUUUCGUGGACAAGAACUUCGACAACGAGCACAAGCUACAGUCUGAGAGGAAGCUUCGGCUCGCGAUGGAGAUCGGCCUCGACCCCCGUCAGGUCGCCGUCUGGUUUCAGAACCGGCGAGCCCGCUGGAAGAGCAAGCAGCUGGAGGAAGAGUACCAGAGGCUCGAGUCCUUGUAUGAAAAUGCCAACUCAGAGAAGAGCAAGCUCGAAUCGGAGGUCAAGGAGUAUUUCAUCUUUUGGCGGGUCGUCAGAGAGAUGCUGGCAGAGGCUGAGAAGGAGAUUUCUAGGCUCUCAGAGAAAAGCUGCAGGCCAAGCUCAUCAUUCUCCAUGGACGCGCCGCAGGCGUUUCCGGCAGACUUUGAGGUUGACCAGCAGGAGCACUUCUUGUACACGCCGGAGAACGUCAGCAUCUAUUCUAUGGAUGCUGACGACCUGCCAAAAGAUGAAAUACUCCUCUCAGAUGUGGCCUACGACAAGAACCACAUGCUUGGAAUAACCAAAACCCAAUACUACAAAAAUUAA